UGAGAGCGUUGUGUUGUCUUGUAGAAGAGGAGCAGCGAACAGACAGCUGUGCUCUACUGUCCUGCCCAAGAGAUUGGGGUAUUUUCGUGUCACUACGCAGGCAAUCCAUGGGAAAGGUCUGACAAUGUUCAGCUUUGAGGGAGAUUUCAAAACGAGACCCAAGGUUUCCCUGGGGGGAGCCAGUAGAAAGGAGGAGAAAGCUUCACUGUUGCAUCGCACACAAGAGGAGCGCAGGAAAAGAGAAGAUGAACGGCGGAGACUGAAGAACGCCAUCAUCAUCCAGUCAUACAUACGGGGCUACCAGGACCGCAAGCAACAGCACUCCAUCCAGAGGUGUAGAUUUGAUGAGCGAGUGGGGCAGAUCCAGGCGGGCGGAGCCCAGCAGCUGGACGGAGUUAGCCUCAGCCUGCUCACCAGACAGCUCAUCUUCUUCUACAGACAGGGACCAGACGCACAGAGACUGGUCUGGCUGUGUCAGAGCCUGGUGAAACACCAUGGGCAGUUUGUGUCUCUGCUGGCGGGACCACAGAGACAGACCUGCCUGUUCCAGAUCAAGAGGAUCCUGGGCUUCUGCUGCAGGGUGCUGCUGAACUGCAGGGAGGAGAGCCUGAACGUGUCGGUUCCCAUGAGGAUGCUGGAGGUGUUCUCCUCCCAGAGAACGUAUCUCCCUGCUCUGGGAGAUGCCGACAGCGUGGCGUCGCUCCUGGAGCAGAUCCUGCACUCCAUGGUCCAGAAAGGGUACUACAGGUCCCUGUAUGCCCUGGUGAACCACCGCCUGCCGUCCAGUCUGGAGUACAGCGGUGCCCCCUCAGUGCCUUUAGCCAACACCCUCCUGGAACACUUGCUCAGACCCCUGCUCUUCAGCUACACCUCCUGCACACCUGGGGCCAGGCAGUCCGUGUUCGGGGCCUUCACCGAGGACUUCAUCGCUGCUCCUCUCACAGAGCAGAUCUUCCACUUCUUCAUCCCCGCGCUGGCCGACCGCCGCCACGGCUUCCCCUUCGAGGCCUUCCUCGGGGCCCUGGGGGCCUCCGUAUGCUCCUCCUCUUCCUCAAUAGGCCCCUCCUCCUCACACAGACAGGCCCCCUGGCUCUUCUACUUCGUCCUGUCCGUCGGAGAAAACUGCCUUGGUGGUCUCUCUGAGGAGGGUCUCCUGUUCUACUUGGGGGCCCUGAAGACCCUCCUCCCCCUCCUCCCCGUCUCCGAGAGCCACAGCAGACCAGAGGUGGGCAGCGACUCGGAGGACGACGACGACGGCAUUCUGUCCAGUCACAUGCAGGACGACCGGCGGAUGUCUGUGCAGCUGAUAACGGAGGAAUGCGUCCACAAGCUGGACUCCAAGCAGCAGACCAACGCCCUGCUGAGUCUGGUGUGGAGGGACUCAGCCAGCGAGGAGGUCUUCACCAUGAUGGCCUCCAUCUGCCACACCCUCAUGGUCCAGCACCGCCUCAUGGUGCCCAAAGUCAGGUUGCUCUACAGUCUAGCCUUCAACGCCCGGUUCCUCAGACACCUGUGGUACCUGAUCACCUCCAUGACCACCAAGAUGAUCACGGGGUCCAUGGUUCCCCUGCUCCAGGUGAUCUCGCGUGGUUCUCCUAUGACCCUGGAGGACUCCAACAGGAUCAUCCCCCUCUUCUACCUCUUCAGCUCCCUCUUCAGCCACUCGCUCAUCUCCGUGCAUGACAGCGAGUUCUUCGGACAUGAGCUCGAAGAGGGCUUUUCUGUUCAUCCAGGAAGCAGCCAGUCGUCCAUGAUGCCCUUCAGCCUUUUAGAGCUGGUGACUCUGUCCCGCUGCCUGAGGGACGCCUGUCUGGGGAUCAUCAAGCUGGCCUACCCCGAGACCAAGACGGAGCACCGCGAGGAGUACAUGGCCGCCUUCCGCAGCGUGGGGGUCAAGACCAACAUGGAGGUCCAGCAGCGCAUCCUGGCCGAGCAGAAACGCUGGGUCCAGCUCUUCAAGGUCAUCACUAACCUGGUGAAGAUGGUAAAGGCCCGGGACAUCCGGAGGCCCUUCUGUCCUGUGGGACACUGGCUCUCCAGAGAAGUUAACAUCAGAGCUGACCGGGUCACCCAGCUGUACGUCCCGUCCGCCCGUCACGUGUGGAGGACCAGGAGGAUGGGCCGCAUCGGACCUCUUCAGUCGACACUUGACGUGGGCAUGGAGCCCCCUCAGCUGUCCGUGUCGGAGGAGAGACAUCUGGCCAUCCUGACGGAACUUCCCUUUGUUGUUCCUUUUGAGGAACGGGUCAAGAUCUUCCAGAGGUUGAUCUACGCAGACAAGAGGGACGUCCAGGGAGAUGGGCCCUUCCCCGACGGCAUCAACGUCACCAUCAGACGGAACUACAUUUACGAAGACGCCUACGACAAACUCUCUCCGGAGAACGAGCCGGACCUGAAGAAGAGGGUCCGGGUGCACCUUCUGAACGCCCACGGGCUGGACGAGGCCGGCAUCGACGGGGGCGGCAUCUUCCGGGAGUUCCUCAACGAGCUGCUGAGGUCGGGCUUCAACCCCAACCAGGGCUUCUUCAAGACCACCAAUGAGGGGCUGCUGUACCCCAGCCCCACCGCCCAGAUGCUGGUGGGCGACUCCUUCGCCAGGCACUACUACUUCCUGGGCAGGAUCCUGGGCAAGGCUCUGUACGAGAACAUGCUGGUGGAGCUGCCCUUCGCCAGCUUCUUCCUGUCCAAGCUGCUGGGCACCAGUGCUGAGGUGGACAUCCACCACCUGGCCUCCCUGGACCCCGAGAUGUACCGCAACCUGCUGUUCCUCAAGAGCUACGAGGGGGACGUGGAGGAGCUGGGCCUCAACUUCACCAUCGUCAACAACGACCUGGGAGAAGCUCAGGUGGUUGAGCUGAAGCUGGGGGGGAAGGACAUACCUGUGACCACGGCCAAUCGGAUCGCCUACAUCCACCUGGUGGCGGACUACCGGCUGAACAAGCAGAUCCGAGCCCACUGCCUCGCCUUCCGCCAGGGGAUCGCCAACGUGGUCAACCUGGAGUGGCUGCGCAUGUUCGACCAGCAAGAGAUCCAGGUGCUGAUUUCCGGGGCCCAUGUGCCAAUCUGUCUGGACGACCUGAAGAAGUUCACCAACUACUCGGGCGGCUACACUGCCACCCAUCCGGUCAUCGAGACCUUCUGGGAGGUGGUGGAGGGCUUCACGGACGAGGAGAAACGCAAGCUGCUCCUCUUCGUCACCAGCUGCUCCAGACCUCCGCUGUUCGGCUUCAAGGAGCUGUACCCGGCGUUCUGCAUCCACAACGGGGGCAACGACCUGGAGCGCCUUCCCACCGCCAGCACCUGCAUGAACCUGCUGAAGCUGCCCGAGUUCUGCGACGCCAACCUGAUGAGGAACAAGCUGCUGUACGCCAUCGAGUCCUCCGCUGGCUUUGAGCUCAGCUGAGGAGGGUGGGGGGGGGGGGGGGGUCCAGGUGGGUGGGGGGAGGGGGUGGUUGAGUAGGCCCUGGGUGGGUAAAAAAAAAAAAAAGAAGGAAAGAAGAGAAACGCGAUGAUGCACAAUGAGCUGCCUAGGACACUGCGUGUGUGUGCGUGUGCGUGUGUGUGUUUGUGUGGAGGGGGGGGGUAAGGUGUGUGUGUGCGUGUGUGUGUAUGUGUGUGCGGACUGCAGCAGGGUCUGAGGGGGAUGAAGAGUAACACAACAGUAAAAAAGAAUCCAAACACCCCUAGCGACAGCCCCACUCAGAAGGAGGCGCUCCUGUAGGCGGCCUCUGAGCAGGACUGGUGCUGCUUACCGGUGGCACACUAGACCCUUUUUUUAAUUGUAUAGACUUUUAAAUAACUUUAAAUGUUUAUUUUCUUUGCUUCUACGCAUUUAAAGCAGACUAUUACAGACCUAUAACACCCUACAGAAUGCGUCUUUCUUUCCCCGGAGCCAACGAGCCGGAACGUUAUCCGCCUAAAUAUGGAGGACGGUCGCAAACCGUGCCCCAGCAUCAUGUGGUAGAGGCAGACGAAGGUGCCACGUCUGGAGACCUCCAGCCCCUCCGGCCGUCCUGCCGACGCGCCGUCAGAGAGGGACCGGACACAAUCUACACUCUGGACCCUCUUCAUCGUCGUUCAGCCCCGACCGGUCGGCGGGCCGGUGGUUAUAAUGAACAGCUACGUGUGUGUGAAAACGUGUCCUCCGGUACACGUCUCCCCCCCCCCCCCCCCCCCCCCCCCCCCCCCCCCCGUCAGGAAGAGAGACGUGUGGACGAGGAUUGUUAUGGAUGUGUGAAUAUGUACAUGUUUACAGGAAGUCUUGUAUGGAACAUUUAAUCAGUAAUUGUACAGUUAUUUUGUGUUCUUGUUCUUUUCGUUAUGCUUCAUGUCCCUAUGGUUUCUCCGCAUCUACGGUUUCCUUUGGCGGCGUUGAUGAGCAGGAUCUGUGUACCGACGGAGUGAAUAUCGAUGAAUAAACCCAAUUGUUUUGCAA